UAGUGAAAAUUGAGAAACAUACUUGAUGUUGAAAAAUGCAGACUAGAAGCGAUGGUGUUUCAUUCCCUGGGAGCAAGCAAGACCUGUUCCGCUGGAAGAGAUUCACACAAAACAAGAGUGAAAAGCCCAAGCCACAGCUGGAUUAUGAUGACAUUGAACAGUGGGUGAAGAAAGUUGAACAGGCAUCAGAGUUUGCUGUUUCAGAAGCAUUUUCCUUUAAUAAGUCUCAUCUGAGAGGAAAACCAAAAGGCUAUGCAGUGAAUUUGGAGACAACAGAUCAGUUAUGGGAACAUGAUGAGGCCUAUAUAGAAGCCCAGGAGCUACUAAAUGACUGGAUGAACUCUAAACUAAAGAUGAAGAUGGUAUUAGAUGAGGAGGAGGAUGAAGCUGAAGAUAAUGAGAAGAUAAGCACAGAUGAAACCCGUCAUGAAGUUCCAUCCUUCAUGAAGUACAACAAAUUUGAUGAUUUGUAUAAUUGCUUGGAACAAGAAAUAGAGACAACUUCAACCCAGGACUUUCUCCAAGAGCUGCUGCAAAAGGAGGUGAUAAACUCUGGUGUCCUUGAGGAUUUGGGGUUGGAUGAAGACCGGCAAAAAACUGUAAAGGACCCCCAUCUUAAUAUGGAGCUCCGGCAUCAGCAGGUUAAAGAGAAUCGGUUGAAGCGUCAGGCACAGCUGGAACAUCAGAGGCGAGAGAAAGCUCUUAAGAAGUCUGCCUUACUAGAGGCCCAGCAGCUUCACCAAGAGGAGGAGAAAAAGAAAGUCUUGAAAGCUAGAAAGGAAGAGCAAGAGAUUCAAAGGGAGAUGGUGAAACUGCGUAAAGAAAUGAAUGAGAGAAGAAUUAUUAUGGAGGAAGCAAAGAAGAUGGAACGUCAGAGGCUAGAACUAGAAAAGGCUCAGAAGAUUAUUAUCCAUAACCAAGCUCAACAUCCUGUCAUCCAGAUGGAAUUGCAAAAACAGCAUGACAAGGAGAGGAAGAAGUUGGAGAAGAUGAAGAAACUGCAGGAGCUCUUAGACCAGAUAGAUACAAACAAUCUGAAGUGCUUACAUCGACAUUUUUCUGCAUGGCAUAAGGUAGUUGUGGAACGCAGACUGAUGAUGGGAAAAGCCAGAGCCAUGUCAGACUGGAAAAGACAACUCCAUGCUUUCAGAGCCUGGAGGAGGUAUGUGUGGGCUAGAAGAGCAGAAAAUGAAGCUCAACUAACAGAAAAGGCACUUCAGGAAGAAAAUAGGAAGCAGCAUCUGGCAAUGCAGAGUUAUAGGCAUCGAGUUCUGCGCCACUUCUUCACAGAGUGGCAGCUCUGGUGUAGAAGAGAAAAAGAAAAACGAGAGCUGGAUGGGAAGAAGGAGGAAACGAAAAGAAAAAUGGCAGCGCUUUUAGCUGCUGCUUCUUCAGGAAAACUUUGCAAUGAACAGAUCCAUGAACCAAGCAGGGACAAAGAAGUGAAACUUGAAUCUCAUCAGCCAGACACUACUAGCCAGAAAGUGGAUGAAAUUUUGGAUGCUACCGGGAGAAUAUGCAGUGGUGGAGUGCCUGAGGACAGCACCAGCCACCAUGCAAGUCCCAGGCAUGCUUGGCAAGUUACCCGGAAACAUGCUGCCUUACAACCACAGGACCUUGAGAAAUUCAGAGAAAAUACUUUUGACACAGCAGCCAAGGGCUUCAGCGAUUCACAUCAACUGCCAGGCAUGUACCCCAGAAGUACUCCUGCUUACGGCUGCAACUUCCAACAUCGGCACAUGUUUCAACAGCAACUUAUUGAGGAGCAGAGAAAGCAGCUGAUGGAGCAAAAAAAUCUGAUUCAGCAGUUGCAGGAAGACCAGAAACUUAAGAUUUUGAGAACGGAGGCUGAACGCUUAACUGCAGUUACUUCUGAACUGAACUGUCAGUCCAAAAAGAAAAAACAAGAAAAGGAGACUGGAGAAAUAAAGCCAGAUGGUAGCAGACAGCAAGAGUUAAAAUAUGCUGUGCCUUCAAGUUCUUGUGCUACAGAGUUAGAAGCUCAUCAAGGAGAGACUGAGAGUUCCCCAUCUAGUUCUAGAAGGAUUCCAAACUCCAUGACUUCACCUCAUCCAAUUGUAAAAGCCAUGGAGGAACGAGCAUUGCAGCGAGCUAAGAGAAGAAAGGAAUUGGAGGAGGCACGGAGAAAACGUGAAGAAGAGAAGCUGGCACAUUUAAGGGCAGAAGAGGAGGAACGCCAUAGAAAGGAAGAGGCAGAGAAACAAGCCCAAAUAGAAAAGAAACGUGAGGAGAAGAGGCUUCAGAAAGAGAAAGAACUGGAAAAACAGAAGCAAGCCGAAUUGGAAAUGCAGCUGAAAGAGAGAGCAGACAAGUACUAUCAACAUUUCCUUUUGAAGAAGCGAGGCUUGACUCCAUGGAUAAAGUUAAUUACAAAUGCAAAGCAGAACUCACAGUUGGCAGAUGAACAUCACUGUGCUGUGAUUCAGAGGCGGUGUUUAUAUGCAUGGCAUUAUACUACCAAGGAAUCGCUAGAAGAGAAGACCACUCAUGCAGAUGAGUUUUAUCGAUGCAUGUUACUCAGGAGGUGCCUGCACAACUGGCUAAAGUGCAAAGAUUUCUCAGCGCUUCUUGAGGAGAAGGCAGUAAGACAUCAUCUGGCCACACUGAAAAGAAAGACCUUCCUGGUGUGGUUUGAUUAUGUCAAUGAGGAGAAGAUUGCAUCAUGGGAAAAAAAGAAGAUAGCAACAGAGCAUAAUCAAAGGAGAGUGAUUUGUAAUGCUUUUCAUGCCUGGAGAAGAUUUCCCAAAAUCAUUAAAGAGGAAAAACGAAGAGAAGAGAGAAGGGAGCAACUUAGAAAGAAAGUGGCUGAGAUUCUACCAGAUUUCAGGAACUCACAAUAAUAUUAGAAAACAAAGAAUGGGGUAACACCAGACUGUUAUACAGACCCCACAAAAAAGAGGAGUCUGCAAAACAUUUAGAUGGUGGUUAAAAGGAAUUAAGUUCAAGUUUCAGAAAAAAAUUCCGUCUUAAGCAUUCAUUUGGGCUAUUGCAGACUUUGUUGUUUCCCGAUUUUGCAAAAUGUUGAAUGUACUAGUAAUCGAUUUUGCUGGAAAAGUAAGUAUGCAAAAGUGGUUAGUUAUACCCUGCCACAUACUAAAUGGGUUGUAUUACUGUACAGUCCACUUGGAAAUGUGGUACACCCCUUUAGGUUACUGAGUAACUGCAAAGCCUCAGAAGUUUCAGUAUGAACAUAUGAACCUUUAACAGUAAGUUGCUUUCCAAAUUAGCUUAUUUUGUAAUAUGAAUUUGCCUAUUAAAAAAGGCCAAGAACUGCCCUUCUUCUAGGGUAUGUUAGUAAUGUGAUCAUUAGGAUUCCACAGAACAUUUUGUAGCAGCAAUUCACAAGGCUUGUUCACAGCAUUGCAGAUGAAAUAAAAAGGCAUUGGUAGCUU